AUGUUAGCAAAUCCUAACAAGCUGUUCCUGUUAACAGCAGCAUUCUUUGGACAUGCCAUUGCUCUACCAGCUACUGUAGACUACGAUGUCCUCCCUAGCUCUGGCUCCGUACUCAACCUGGACGUCGCAGCCAGCAACAUCACCUACACCGUGCAAGGCAAUGACACUAUCCACACCAUAGCCGCCAAGUACGACGUCGGCGCCUGCGACCUCGCCCGUCUGAACGUCCUCUCCGACCCGAACUUCCUAUACGAGAACGAAACCCUCCGAAUUCCCGCCCGUGCUACCUUCCCCGACGACUACUCCUGCUUCAGCACGAACAACACCGACGCAACAGCUACCUGCAUCUACGGCGGCCCUCACGUGUAUACCAUCUUACCCGGGGAUACGAUUCAGAAGAUUGCCAACGAGCGGUACAAUAUCACAACGGAUUCGAUUCUCAGCUUCACUGCGCAGACAGGGUACAUUGCUGCUUUGAACCCCGGUAUAUAUGAUGUGCUAGAGACCGGGCAGACGGUGAAAAUCCCGAGUUGUGAUAAUUCGGCGUGCACGAUGGCGGACUUUACGUUUACAUAUGGCACGCUGCAGGAUUUUGCUACGGCGUAUAAUGUUAGUGUGGGGCAGAUUAUGUCGUUGAAUUUGGGGUAUAAUCAUACGGAUUAUAUUGCGCCGUUGGGGGUUGUGUAUGAUUGUACUUUGUUGAAUUGA